AUGUCAACUACUUCCUUCGACAAUACCGCCAUAUAUCCCCAAAAGCUGUCGCUCUUUAGAUCUGUACCUUUCCAGAUCCUAGUAGCAUGUGGAGUCUCAUUCACGGCACCCGGAAUGUGGGAUGCUCUCGGUGGACUCGGUGCUGGAGGUGCUGCUGAACCAUACGCAGUGUCUGCUGCCAAUGCUCUCGUGUAUGGUUUGUUUUCUGUUGUAUGCGUGGCUGCCGGAGCUAUCAACAAUCGUAUCGACCUCAAAUACGGACUCGCUUUAGGCGCUAUCGGGUACCCACUGUAUGGCGCAGGACUGUACACGAACAGUACAGGCACCAACACAUGGUUUCUGUUGUUUGGUAGCGCUCUUUGUGGAAUUUCUGCUGGGUUCUUUUGGGCAGCUGAAGCAGCAAUCAUCAUUGGAUAUCCAUCACCGUCGGACCGAGCAUUCUAUCUUGCAAUCUGGCAAACAGCAAAGGCUGCUGGCCCCAUAGUUGGCGGCGCUAUCAAUCUAGGGUUGAAUGCAAACAGGGAGACGGCAGGCUCCGUUUCGUCUUCUACCUACAUCGUAUUCAUCGUCAUAAUGUGCCUCGGCUUGCCGAUUGCGCUUAUGCUCUCUCCAGCCCCAAAGGUUUGGAGAAAAGAUGGGAGCAAGAUAAUCAUACACAGAGCUCCUUCAUGGGCAGCCGAGUUCAAGGGCAUCGGGAAUUUGUUAAUCAGUCGGCGUAUUCUGUUAUUACUGCCGGCAUUUUUCAUUAGCUACUUCUACAACGGGUUCAUGAGCACCUGGUUGACAACAUACUUCACUGUCCGUGCUAGAGCCUUUUCAAGCUUCUUCACGAACUUUGCCGGAAUAUUCAGCUCUUUCAUUAUCGCAGCUCUGCUCGACAAUCAAAGAAUUCAUAUCAAGACACGAGCUCGCGUCGCAUUCAUCGCAAUAGUAGCUAUCCUCAUUGGAACAUGGAUAUGGGCAACAAUUCUACAAAGGCAGAACUACGAUACGUCAACCCCGCCGGUAUUUGACUGGUUCCAGGGAGGUUUCGGAAAAAGCUAUGCCUUGAUAUUCUUCUGGCAAUUUGGUGGACAAGCAUUCCAGCAGUUCUUAUAUUGGCUUGUCGGGCAAUAUGCGACGUCACUGUCGAGCUUAAGCCACCAUACUGGUAUACUCAGAGGUGUAGAAGCUCUAGGGCAGACUGUUGCUUGGGCAAUGCAAUCGGAGGGUAAUGCCAAUCAUUUCGUAAGUAUCGGACUAAACUUUGGUAUCACGGUAGUAUGUAUCAUUCCGACCUGGAUUGUCCUUUCUGAGCUCGAGUACAGCCAUGAAGGGACAGGGGAUGAUGGUCCCGGGGACUCAGGAAUACUAAAAGAUGCCGAUGAGUCAUGA